CAUGGAAGCUCUUCUGAUGAGAAAAACCUCAGUGCUGAAGUUGACCCAGAAUCAGCCGAAAUAACAACACCUCCACUGACAGCGCUCAACUCAACUCCACCUCGCCCACCUAAAGUGCUCGCCGCAGAAUCUGAUGAGAGAUUCGCAGAUCGGUAUGAUAUUACGGUUAUUUCAGCAGGCCAACUACGAGAGAUAAUGAGGCAGGAAAGCAAGUGCUCGAUUCUCUAUCAACUCCCUCAAAACAGAGUCGCAAACGUCCUCAAAUCUUUGCUCCCAGAAACCGCAUAUGGAAGUGAUGCAGCCACUUCAUCCUCCCCUCAAUUACCUCUGACAAGUAGAUCUAGUGCGGUGGAAACAUUCCUGAAAGCACAUGACCAGUUUGGCCAUCGGUCACUGAGCGGCGUUAACAAUGGGCAAGGGCCGACUCAGGCAGUUACCCCUUUGGAGCCAAGCUUGGUUGAUGAGAGAUGGGGUGUCCUCUUUGACAAAACAGGAAGCCAUACAAAGCGGGCAGAUGAGCUGCUCCGAAGUAUUGCAGAUCAUAUUGUGAGGCAUCACGACUAG